UUGGAAAUGAAGGAAUGAAAGUGAGCGGGAUGAUCAUGGUUCAACAUCUCAUUUGCUGGGUGGUUCUGUGAAUUAGUUAAUGGUAUUCCCGCUAUAUCUGGUCAUUCUGCCGUCAACACACACACACCUUCGGAACCCUCUUCCACCAUCAACCCCGCGGUCAUUGCCAUUAUUAUAUCUGAUAUCGUCUGAUACUCUCUAAGCAUCUACUCUCCAUCCAAAUCCAAAUCAAAGCACUUGAGCAACAUUCACCAUGUCCAGCCCCGGAGAUUCUGGAAAAGGCUUCACCUACACCGGGUCCGGCACAAACAGCCAGGGCAAUCACUGGUGCUCUCGCGACUACGGCACUGGCUCCGACUCCAACGGCCCCGACCGCGGCGAUGCCUACCACUACAGCAACCAGAAUGGCUCGUACUACUACUCCAACUCGGAUGGAAGCACCUACUAUAACGACGGUAAAGGUGGCGCGGUUUACACCCCUCCGGGUGUGAAAAAGUAGGGCAAGCACCUUCGACGGGGCAAACCGCCUCACUCAACUCCAACAUCACAUCCCACAAGCAGACUAUGCUCUUUCUAAGUGCGAGGUGAUAAGGAUGACAUCGGAGUUGAGUUCCGGGUAGGCCUUCAUCGUUUACGUCGUUGUGAUAUCGCUUCCUGGAUUGUUUUGUUCCGCUAUUCAGCGGUGACCGGGCGGUUGGUUAUGCUUGGGUUUGCUUUUCCUCUUGGCCACUUGAACUGGAUGCAUUGCCUAUUGCGGAGUCUUUGGAGAUGGCACUGUUGUAGGCAGAAUGAAAUAUUGGAGCUGGAUCCUUGAUUGAGCAUGCCGCCUUUGGAGUCCUAGAU